GGAUCUAGCUUGUUUAGUAGCCGACUAACCGCCGCGCAGUAUACUACGGCGCACGCGCUAGCGUUUCUGCUACAGCCUAAUUAAAAUUAAAAAGAAGAGGCUGUAUACAGAACGCCUGGGUAUUAAAAAAAAUUGUACCAUAGACACAUAUCCUAGUAUAGAUUGUGUAUUGCAAAGCAAGAAUUUUAUUUUUUACAACACGUUUCGUGUUCGAAGUUUGAAUUUCGCGGGCAUAUUUUGGCGGGAUUUUUGAAUGGUGUUAUAAGCUGUGUAAAUCAAAUAGUGUUUUUUCUAAGUGACAAAAAGAAUAAAUCACAAUGUUUCAAGGUGGUAUUUGGGCGAAGCUGCAGAACGUGUAUAAGUGGUACGUGCUGGGACUGGUGUCAGUCGGGUACAUCCUCGGCGAACUGGGGCACUACCUUAUUGGCACUACAUCCAAAGUGACCGCGGACGAUCUCCACUACGGCGACAAGUCGUGCAUGCUGAACGCUACACACCUGACCCUGAGCCAGCUCCCAGUCGUCUGCGAGAAGGUUAACUCUUCAGAAACAUGUGAGGCGCUAACCCUGAAUGGAACGAGGUACUGCGAAUGGGGAUACAAUGGCCUCGGCAUAGACUAUCAGAUUUUGGCUGGACCGGCUUUCAUGGCUGUCUUCACAGUUGUAGGAGUCAUACUAGGCGUGGUUGCUGAUAAAUACAACAGAGCUCGAGUUCUCGCCGUGUGCACCCUGGUCUUCGCAAUCGCCAUACUCCUCAUGGGGACUGUUACGGAGUACUGGCACCUGGUCGUACUAAGGAUGAUCAUGGCCGCAGGAGAGUCCGGAUGCAACCCACUAGCCACCGGCAUACUGACAGAUCUAUUCCCGGAACAUCAGAGGGCGUUGGUACUGUCGAUAUUCAACUGGGGAAUUUAUGGAGGAUAUGGAAUUGCUUUCCCCGUUGGAAGAUACAUACCUGAUAUCAACGCAUGGGGUUUGAGCUGGCGAGUGUGUUACUACGGGGCAGGUAUCAUUGGCUUGGUCAUCGCGUUCUUCACUUUCCUGACACUACGCGAACCGCCAAGAACUACUAUUGGAGAAGAAGGUGUGGGCAACAAUAAAUCAGGAGAUGCCGGCCUGGAGUCAGGCAAGAAGAUGCCUCAGGUCACCAUCUGGCAUGUGAUCGCACAGCCCAGGAUCUUGCUGCUAUGCCUGGCUGCGUCCAUCCGACAUUGCGGCGGUAUGUGCUUCGCGUACAACGCGGACCUGUACUACCGCGACUACUUCCCAGACGUGGACCUCGGUUGGUGGCUGUUCGCCGUCACCGUCGGCAUCGGCUCCGUGGGGGUGGUGGUCGGCGGUGUCGUCUCUGAUAAGUUCGUAGCAAAAAUGGGAGUGAGGUCGCGAGUCCUCGUAUUGGCUCUGUCGCAGCUGAUCUCUACACUGCCUGCUUUCGGUUCAGUGAUCUUCGGCCCACUAUGGGCCAUGAUCACGCUGGCUAUUUCGUACUUCUUUGCCGAGAUGUGGUUCGGUAUUGUAUUCGCCAUUCUCGUCGAGAUCGUCCCCCUAUCGGUCCGUUCCACCACCGUUGGAGUGUUCCUCUUCGUCAUGAACAACGUCGGAGGCAACCUACCGAUUCUCGUCGACCCCGUGUCCAAGGCUAUAGGAUAUAGAGAAGCUAUUAUGAUCUUCUACGCUGGUUUCUACGGUAUCAGCAGUAUCAUGUUCUUCCUGACAAUGUUCCUGAUGGACGGUCCAGUGGAACAGAAAACUGAGACUCCAGCCGCCAAGCCGGUUGGACUUGAUAACACCGCGUUCACGCACGACGAGCUACCUAUCAGGAAUGGAAGGAGUCUACCACCAGCACCAGACACGAGUAGAUUGUAGACACGUAGACAGUAGGAUAUGUUUAGGAAUCGGAUUUAGAUUGUAUCAAAAACCUUUGACUGUACAAAUCUGAGGAUUUAUUUAUAUAAAACUGGUCAACGGCAAAUUAAUGCCUUUACCGUUUGUCGUUUCUGUUUGUUUUUUGUUUUUAGUUUCUGACCAAUAUCCGCAACUGCAGUACCCCCUUUUCCAUAAAUCCAGAAUGGGGUCCUUCAAAAAAGAUAUCAAAAGGUGUCUUCAGGGUCGGCAACGUGCGCGUAAUGGCUCUGGUAUUACAGGCAUUCAUAGGUUACGAUAACCGCUUACCCUCAGGUGAGCAGUAUGCUCGUUUUCCACUCCAGUUGUAUGAAGUUCUUCAUUCCUUUUCCACCAACUUCCUUUACUCAUUCCCAAUAUCUGCCUCUUUUUCCUCGAACCUUUCCUCCAUACCGUAGACGACGGGUACCACCAAUAAAUACAUUACCAAGAAGGGUUGACGUCGAACAGACGAGCGGUCGUAAAACUAAAAGCCAAAACUUAAAUAAAAUGUAUAAAAACAUAUUACACCGAGCCCAAAAUUUAUAUAAUUGGGAUAAGGGUGGGAAGAUGACUGUCAUUAACCACGAUCGUUUAGGUUCAAUCCCUUAGGUAUUGUGGGAGUUACACGUGGCAGCCUCUUGCCUUAUCUGAAGAAAACUUCUGGUUUAAGUCGAAGCAAUUGUCGAAAACUAUAAUUUUCCUUACUAUUAUUGUAAAUUUGAUAUUAAGAUUCGUUCGUUUGUUAGUUUAUAGCGAUUUAACGGCUUAGCCAAUCAUUGUAAUGUGUCGUAUACACGUACAAUAUGGGAUGGAGAAGGAUAGUCUUUUUUAUCCCGGUCACGCGGACCAUGUCGGGGGUAAAGGCUAGUAGUUAUAAAUUCCCGUUGUUCACUUACAUAUAAAUAUAUAAAAAACAUAAGUUUUAUUAUUUAUGAGGUUUUUAAAUUACUCAAAAUUAUUUUUGCUGGAAUUUUAAAGCUCUACCACGAAUGACAAUAUAAAAAAAAAAUUUUUUCAGAAAAUAUUUCCGUAUCUGACCCCUAUAAAAUCUUGCCAAGCUACAACGUCAAUGUUGUUUUUAAGAGGAAAUAAGGUUUUUUUUAUGUUUUCUCGUCGGCCAUACCCUUACGGAAUUGGUAAAGAGAUCAGGGAACUGAGCUAUAACUCGUCAACUUCGCAUACGGCACUUUCCAGUAAAUCCGAAAAUGCGGACGACGAGGUUCAAAGAGAAUUACAUUUUUAACAUAAAACAAUUAAACGCUCUGGUUAUAUUUUUUAAAAAAAUUAUGUUUUUUUUUUCUAAUAUAUAUAAUAUUUAUAAUUCUAAUAAUAAUUUUGAUUUAAUAAUUGAAAAGUACAUUAAAUAUACACACAUAUGUAAAAAAGAACACCUGUCAUACCUCUGGUAUUGCAGGUGUUCAUAGGCUACAGUAACCACUUACCAUCAGGUGGGCCGUAUGCUUUUUUGCCACCUCAGGGGUAUAAAAAAAGAUACAUUUAUACAUACUAUAUGUGUAUGUCAAUGUAUAUCUAAUACAUGUGUUUUUAAAGUUCCUUUAUAUUUUAAAAUAGAAAAUAUUUUUGUUAACCUUUUUCAGUUUUUUUUAUUGUACCGCCUAAUAAAUCUCUCUGUUUCCUCCAUAAUUGAAGUCCUUUGAAGUAUCAUGUUCGCUAUGCGUACCUUUGUUAUGUACAUGAAAAUUAAAUAAAUAAAUACAAUUACCCCGGAAAGUCGUAAAAUAUAUUUCAUAUGUGUUUGUACUUAUCAUGGAUACAUUUUUUACACAUAAAAAUUAGAUUAUUAUUGAAUUUGUUAAGAGUUCACGUCUAGCAAAUUUAUAAAAAUUUUCUUUUUAUUUU